ACCAUGGCCUCCCAACCCUUGCGAAGAGAACGAGCAUCUAGCGAUAAAGCCGAUGCUGCGCCAUUCCCACAACGACCGGGCCUUCCCAGUCGAACGAUUUCUGCUCCCGUCGGAGGAUUAUACCGACUUGAUUCGGCUAGAACGGCAAUGGAAUCGGGGAAUAAGGUCGACCGGACACUUCUGGAGGAGGAUGAGAACCCGCCAUCGGCCGGAGGGGAUAGGGUGUCAUCAUCAACCCGUGAGGAGACAACGCCGAAGCCGAGUUUUCCCCAUGUGAGCAUCGCGGUGGUCGGUCCUGACCAUGUCGGAAAAUCGACAUUCAUUGAAACCGCCUUGGACAUGAAGCAUCCGCUUACUUCCCGAUCGACUACAAAGAAGAUGUCCCUGGACGGGACGGUGUACUUGGUUCGCCUGAUGGAGAUAGAUACAUUGGAGAUUACGAUUGGGAGCAAUGGCGAGGUCAACUGGCCCUUACUGGGUAGCGACUCGCCUCCUACAGUGGAUGGGGUGCUGGUUCUACUGGAUAUGACUCAACCGGCCAGUUUCCCUGAAUUUACCGAACUACUAGACUCCUUAACCGCUUCUGACAUACCCUUUACGCUGGUGGCCAGCAAAUGCGACAUACAACCCCCUGACAGCCCUGUGGAGCCAAUAUUGGGUGGCUAUGAAAUCCACCGGACCUCACCUGACUCACCACGGUCGCAGAAGAUGUGCAUUGCCUUAGUUCUGCGCUCUGUGAUCAACCGUAAAUAUGACUUCAUCGAUUUCCCCUCCAACUCAUCCGCCACCCCAGACUGGCAUCACAGCCGCACCAACUCAGAGACCCCCACCGCUGUAUUAUCCGGAGCCGCAGGCGGCCCAAUCACAGGACCUCUUGAACCAGCUGUCGAUGGGUACGGUGUAGACCGGCAACCCACCGACCCGGCCACCUCUGCCAACCUGGCUUCCAAUGGCCAGGCCUUUCGUUACGCCCGGAGCAACUCGCAUCCGGUGCGACCGCAUACGCCUCCUUCGGGGUCCCGGUUGGCCUCGCGCAAACAGUCUGUAUCCGGGGAGUCGUCACCAAGUAAGGAUCUCAACCGACAACAUCGACUUCAUACGGCCUGGCGCAACAGCGGCGGGUCAGAUGCGUUCAGCAAUUUUCUAGAGAUGGGGGAGGACUACGAUGGGCCCCGGAGUGCUCCGUCGAGCCCGGGAAGCAAGGACCAGACGCCUAGCGAGAGCUCAUCGAAUGAUGCAGGCUUCACCUUUGACGAGCUAGUAGAUCGUCUGGUCGCACAACCGAUGUCAAAGCAAGAUUCGAAGUUCGCGUCUAUCUUUUUGUGUCUCUAUCGCAAAUUCGCCGCGCCGUGCACCUUGCUGAAUGCUCUGAUUAACCGAUUCGAACGGAAUGAGAACGACAUGACCGACCAGCUCGACCGCAUCGCAGUUCAGCUGAGGCUGCUGGGAGUGAUGGCGCAGUGGGUUUCUGAAUAUCCGGGCGACUUGGCGUACCCGAAGACUCGCAAGCGAAUCACCGAUUUCGUCACGACGCUGGAGAAGAGCCACUUUUACAUGUUUGCCGCCAAGGAGAUCGGAUCGUAUCUGGAGGGGAAUGCAGAUGACGAUAAUAUCGGAUGGCCGUAUAGGGAUGGCGACAUGGAAGAACCUGACACUGCCGACCCCCCGUUCCAGUUUUCCGGGCGCAGCUCACCAUCAAUUUUCCUUGGGGCGCCGCCGCUUGGCGAUGAAGGCGAGGAAGAGGAAGAGGACCCUAUUUACAACAUGAGCGCUUUGGACCUUAGCGAAGGUGCAGCCGAGCCUGCGUCGAGACUGUCGGGGUCGAUGUCGAAUUCAUUUACCUCCGAAAAGCCCGGGACCAUCGCCAGCCAGUCGUUCACAUUCCUGAGUACCGAAGCUGCGCAACGGGAGGCGCAUAAUCUGGAUCUCACGCCACGCAUCCCGCUAACGAAAAUUCAAUGGCGCCAGCUGAUGGAGAUCCCGGAUGAGGAUUUCGCACGGGAGCUGACGCGCAUGGACUGGAUCAUGUUCAAUUCUUUCCGACCGCGAGACCUUGUGCGACAUGUCAGCAUCUCCGGCGUGGAGAAGGAUAAGAUUUUGAGCUUGAAGCACGUCAACCGGAUGAUCAAGCAAUUCAACCAUGUCGCAUUCUUCGUAGCUAGCGUGAUCCUACUUCGGGACAAGCCGAAGCAUCGGGCCAAGGCGCUUGAGAAAUUCAUGAACAUAGCAUUGAAACUCCGCCGACUUAACAACUACAAUUCUCUCGGGGCCGUGAUCGCCGGCAUCAACGGAACCCCGGUGCACCGACUGUCCCAGACACGGGACCUGGUCCCGGUGCAGACACAAAAAGACUUCAUGAGGCUGGUCAUCCUCAUGGGGACACAGAAGAGUCAUUUUGCAUAUCGUCUCGCAUGGGACAAUUCCUUUGCGGAGCGCAUCCCGUUCCUGCCGUUGCACCGACGCGAUCUGGUGUCAGCGGAGGAGGGCAACAAGACGUUUGUGGGCGACAACAAGAACCGCAUCAACUGGCGCAAGUUCGAGGUAAUGGGAGAGGUGGUUCUGGGAAUCCAGCGCAGCCAGAAGACACCGUAUCCGCAUAUGUCCAAGUACGAGGAGGUAGAACGGUUGAUAUUAGAGAUUAAGCUGUCGGGGGAUGACGAGGACUUGUAUUCGCGCAGUAUGCAAGUCGAACCCUCGGCAGGCGGCGACACCGGACGCAAGAAGUUCGGCUGGUUACGGUCGUGAGAGACGAGAGAGAGGGAGAGUUAUGACUAGUUGCAGCAGAGUCUGCAACAGCAACAGCAACCACCAAGCUGACGAGUACAAUGAAUGAUGAUCGUCAUUUGAUUGAUGAUGAUGUACAUAAUGUAGUUUUCUACUACACACAAACCCCAUCCAUAUCUUUGCUACAAACUUAGAGAGAAAGAAAUGUGAAAU